AUGGCUGAGGAUGGUUUGCCUAAAAUUUAUUCUCAUCCUCCAACAGAAAGCAGUAAAACAUCACCUGAAGCAACCAUUUUCUUUGGGGCUGAGAACACUAUUCCUAGGUCAGAAACAACUAUUACUUCAGAAGGAGACCACAUAACUUCAGUAAAUGACUAUAUGCUAGAAAGUGAUUUUUCAACAACUACAGUCAACAAACUUAUGUCUACUAAGGAAGGAUUCAUAUCAGAAGAUGAUAUUGAGACCCAGACUAAGUCAACAACUCAUCUGGAAAAAGAAGUUACUACUCUGACUGGCACUACACACUCCAUAGCUAAGGAUUCUAUUACUGAAAAUUUCAUUCCAGUGAAAAUUGGAAAUGUUUCAUCCCCAGUCGCUACAGUUUCUUUAAUAGAUUUUUCCGCCAGCAAGGCAAAAGAAGAUAUCGUCUUGGCUACCAUUAAUGCAGAAGGUGAAGAUAUCUCCAUGAUUGCCAAAGUCUCUGGCACACUACAGGACAGCACUGCCAGGGUUGCUGAUACCCCUGAAAUCAAAGUUAGCAAGACUAAUUCCUCAAACAAAUCUAAGGUUCCUUCUGAUGGGGCUGUCCCAGUUACUGAUUCCUCUAUUCCUGAAGCUGAAAUUUCUCCAUCUACUGAAAAAAACUUCACCACCAUUCCAGACAUAACUGACCUUGCAGAAGAGAACAUAACUGAAAUUGACCUAAUUGCUUCAGAGGAUGACCCCAGUUCUUUUACGAAAGUCACUGACUCUGAUGAAGAAAAGUUUAUUACAGUGUUUGAACUUACUGCCUCUGCUGAAAAAGACAAAGACAACCCAGAAGAUAAUCUAACUGAUGAUGAAGAGUCUACUGAUGAAGUCAAUGUUUGGAUAGAGAGAGGCAUGGCAAAUGAAGCAGAGACCCAUUCUGUUUUACUUACUGCUGUUGAAUCCAGAUAUGACUUCAUUGUGCCUGCAUCAGCUGCUAUGAGCUUUUUGGGAGAACCAGCUACUAACAAAACAGAAGAUACACCUGAAAAUAAUACAGUGGAAUCUGUCAAGGUCACUGAGUCACUUUCUGGAAUUACCCCUGAACUAGAUAUCACAAACCAAAAAGAAGACACUUCUGCAGAUGAAACGGGUGUCUUUAAACUACUAAAAGAAGAUCCAGAUGAGUUCAUGAUUUAA